GCGCUGAUGUUCAACAACGAGCUCAUGGCUGACGUCCACUUCAUCGUGGGGCCCCCGGGAGCGGCCCGCAGGGUGCCCGCCCACAAGUACGUCUUGGCCGUUGGGAGCUCUGUCUUCUAUGCCAUGUUUUAUGGCGAUUUGGCAGAAGUUAAGUCAGAAAUCCACAUCCCCGACGUGGAGCCCGCAGCCUUCCUAAUCUUGUUAAAGUACAUGUACAGUGACGAGAUCGAUCUGGAAGCCGACACGGUGCUGGCCACUCUCUAUGCUGCCAAGAAGUACAUCGUGCCGGCACUAGCUAAAGCCUGUGUUAAUUUCCUGGAGACCAGCCUGGAAGCCAAAAACGCUUGUGUCCUGCUGUCCCAGAGCCGGCUGUUUGAGGAGCCCGAGCUGACCCAGCGCUGCUGGGAGGUCAUCGAUGCUCAGGCGGAGAUGGCUCUGAGGUCUGAAGGCUUCUGUGAGAUUGACUGGCAGACGCUGGAGAUCAUCGUGACGCGGGAAGCCCUCAACGCCAAGGAGGCCGUGGUCUUCGAGGCCGUCCUGAGCUGGGCGGAAGCAGAGUGCAAGAGGCAGGGCCUGCCGGCCACCCCGCGCAACAAGAGGCACGUGCUGGGGCCCGUCCUCUACCUGGUCCGGAUUCCGACCAUGACCCUGGAGGAGUUCGCCAACGGCGCUGCCCAGUCGGACAUCCUGACGCUGGAGGAGACCCACAGCAUCUUCCUGUGGUACACAGCCGCCAACAAGCCCCUCCUCAGCUUCCCGCUGACCAAGAGGAAGGGCCUCGCCCCGCAGAGGUGCCACCGUUUCCAGUCCUCCGCCUACCGCAGCAACCAGUGGCGCUACCGCGGGCGCUGUGACAGCAUCCAGUUUGCCGUGGACCGAAGGGUGUUCGUGGCAGGGCUGGGCUUGUACGGCUCCAGCUCCGGGAAGGCCGAGUACAGCGUGAAGAUUGAACUGAAGCGGCUGGGGGUGGUGCUGGCUCAGAACCUGACCAAGUUUGUCUCGGACGGCUCCAGCAACACCUUCUCGGUCUGGUUUGAGCACCCCGUGCAGGUGGAGCAGGACACCUUCUACACGGCCAGCGCUGUCCUGGAUGGCAGCGAGCUCAGCUACUUUGGGCAGGAAGGCAUGACGGAAGUGCAGUGCGGGAAGGUGACCUUCCAGUUCCAGUGCUCCUCGGACAGCACCAACGGGACCGGGGUCCAGGGUGGGCAGAUCCCAGAGCUCAUCUUCUAUGCCUGA